ACAAAACUACUGGCCAUUAGUGCAACACAAACACUGUGCCUAGUUUAGGGUAAUAGCCAUAGCCAACGUACGAUCGACGACCAAUAUGGAUUCAUCUGCUGCGGAUGGUGAGACGAAGGAGGAGUCGUCGAAAGUGAAGAUGUUGCUGCCGGAAGAUUUCCUCAACACCGUCCUCCUCUGCACUGCUUUCUUGUACAAGGCGAUGAAUACCAUCGGCACGCUGGCCACCAUCUGGGCGACCGUCGUCCUGCUCGGUGGAUUCUCCACCCUCAUCAAGAAGGAGGACUUUUGGUACGUCACCGUCAUCGCCUUCGUCCAAUCCAUCGGGUUUUUGGGUGGUUACGAGGAUCCUGCACAGCAAAUUUUCCUGCGCGCACCAGAAGCACUAAUGAAGUACAAAAGGACCUCAACUUUGAAGGGAUUAAGUUGGUGGAGGCGCAGAGGAACACAGCAGCAGCAGCAAGAACCCACAAGAAGGACCAGAGGAGGAAGAAGGCACAAAGAGGAGAAAAUAUGGUACCUGUGCAGCAUCUAUGGGUGCCAAGCCUUGCUCGGGAUGACCAUCCUUGCCGCCGUGUGGUUGGCCAGGGUGGCCGCUGUGGUCACUGUCUUAGCCCUAUCCUGGAAGCGUCUCAAGAAGCAAGACUACUUGAAUCCCGGGGACAUCAUGAAUGACCAAAACCAGAACAUCACGUGGUCCCUCAACAUCUUCUACAGCUUGGUGUUUGCCCAGGGAAUCAUGUUCGUCACCAUACUGCUCAACCCACUGAGCUAUUAUUUUCUGUUCAAUGCCGGGAUCAAGUACAAACUAUUUGACCCCUCCGGUCUCAAGAUAAUUUUGAAUUACAAGAGGUGCAAUUACCUGGAAUUCAUUGCCGGGAAUGUGAAAGCAACCUUGCAAAUGCACCUGGUCACCUUCGCCAAGAAACUAGCGGUAUCCAACAUGGCCGAUGACAAGUUACUUGGUGUCGGUGCCAUGGACCGCAUCCUCAGGUCGAUGGAGUUCAGAAGCCUAGCUCUUAGGAAGCUUCGAGCUUUCAUGGAACCCGACGAGCUGGGGAAGCUGGUUAACAUGCUAGGUUACGACAAGAGCCACAAAAACAAGACCACGGAGGAGGAGGAUAUCAGAGGCCAUACCGCAAGAGUGGUGCUGAAACUUAGUCCAGAUCUUCUGGUUCAGAGUUAUCCUCAGAUCCUCUAUGCCAUAUCUUCUUCCCUGCUCAGCACAUCCAAGUCCAACAACAAGAGGGUGUGCAAGUGCAACAUGGAUUCUGACUUGGUCUGGUUUGGCCUGCGUAUCCUAGACAAGCUCACGGACAACCCAGAAAACUGUAGGAAAGCCACCAACGACGAGAGCGGUGGUGAUCUAUUGUCCACCAUCAUAGACCUCACCAUCCCAUGUUGUCAUGGUCAUGGUCAUGGCCGCAGCAUGAGGAGUAACACUAGUACCAUUUCUGAUUCUUGGAUUGAACAGGAGAUUAUCCCUUUGCUUCAAACAGAAAACGAGAUUCCUCUUCCUUUCAUCGACAAGCUUGACCAAGAAAUUAUUGUUGGCAUGGCACUCAACAUCUUGAGCAAGCUGGUCGCUGCACCGGAUGAGGCUGGGGAGAAACUCAGAAAAGAAACAUCAAAGCAUGUGCAUUUCCUGACCAACACUGGGAUGAUCUUGGACCAUGUCCAGGCAACAAGAGUCAUAUCAUGCUUAGCAGUGGAUAAGGAAGGCCGAGAAUAUAUCGGCAAGUUUCCUGAGAUCAUCAAGAAACUUAAGGAUUGUCUACUUUCCAAGACACCAUACAAUGUGCGAGCAAUGUUGAAGCUUUCCUACAAGGGAUCAAUAAAGAAGAGUUGA